AUGGCUUCUGGUCUUUUGAAGGAUCAAAAGUUUAUAAAGAUUCAAAAAUUGAAUUCUAUUGAUAAUGGUAGAAAAAAGAAAUCCAUUAUUAUCAAUGAUGGAGAUUUUGAUGCUGUUAGUGAUGGAUCAUUUGUUGAUUUAAAUGAUGAGAAAAUUGAAAAAAUUAAAAUUAUUGAGGAUAACAUUGAAAGCAUUAGUUCAGGUGUAAACGUUAAAAUUCCUGCGAAUAGUUUAUCAGCUGCUGCAUCAAAUAAUUCUACUGUUUUUAACGCUAAUUCAGAAUAUAUUGAAAGGCACAUUAAGAUCAUCGAUGGCAGAGCUAGAUCAAGAUAUAAGAGAAACACAAAAGAAGCUAUAUCAUAUUUUGGUGAUGUCAGUUUUCAAACCAGACCUUCUAUUUUAGAUGGUUCAAUUAACAAUCCUUACCAAGAAAAAUUUAGUGGUCCAAUUUUUGAGAAAAUAAGUUUUAGUGAUAAAAACAGUGAUGUUCUUGUUGCAUCAAAUUUUGGUGGGUUUUAUGUCUUGGCUUGGAUGAGUGUUGCAUUUUCAUGCUUCAAAAUGUUAAUUGAAUAUUAUAAUACACACGAUCAUUCUUUUAAGGAUUCUGAAAUCUUGCAUUUUAUGACAACUGAUCUUUUCACUGUAGCUGCUGUCGAUUUAAUGAUGUAUUCUAAUUUAUGGUUUAUUUUUGCUAUUCAAUGGUUAUGUAAAAUGAAUAUCUUAAAAUGGAAACCAGUCGGUAGAAUGAUUACCGCCAUAUUUGAAAGUUGUUUUGUUAUAUUCUAUAUUAUCCUAACAGAAAACAUUUUAGGCUUGCAUUGGGUUGCUAAAAUCUUUUUAUUUUUGCAUUCAUUAGUUUUACUAAUGAAAAUGCAUUCAUUCGCAUUCUAUAAUGGUUAUUUAUGGAACAUUAAAUCAGAGUUAAGCUUCUCUACUCGUGCUUUGAAGAAAUAUUACAAUUCUGAAAACAAGGAAGUCAUCGAAACAUUAAACAGAUCAAAAGAUUUCUGUACUAGUGAAUUAAAUGCCAUCUCCGAUACAGUAGCAUUUCCAGAAAAUAUUAAUGUCAAAAAUUUCUUUAUGUACACUAUGUUCCCAACUCUUGUUUAUCAAGUUGAAUAUCCAAGAACAGAAAGAAUCAGAUGGAGAUACGUUUUAGAAAAAGCAUGUGCUAUCUUUGGUACCAUUUUUUUAAUGAUGUUACUUGCACAAACAUAUAUGUAUCCUGUUGCCAUGAGAGCAAUUGCUGUCAAGCAUACUCAAUGGCAAGGUUACGUACAUAGAGCGAAACAAUGGGCAGAAUUACUCAUUGACCUUGUCCCAAGUUUUAUCACUAUGUAUAUUUUGAAUUUCUAUCUAAUUUGGGACGCUAUCCUAAAUUGUAUUGCAGAAUUAACUUGUUUUGGUGAUAGAUAUUUCUAUGGUGAUUGGUGGAAUUGUGUUGAUUGGGGUGAUUUUUCAAGAAUUUGGAAUAUUCCAGUUCACAAGUUUUUGUUGAGACAUGUUUACCAUAGUUCAAUCAGUUUCUUGAAUUUAUCAAAAUCUCAAGCAACUUUAAUGACUUUUUUUAUAAGUUCGGUGGUUCAUGAGUUAGCAAUGUAUGUUAUUUUCAAAAAAUUGAGAUGCUAUUUAUUCAUUUUACAAAUGACGCAAUUACCUUUAGUUACCAUCAGUAAGACCAAGUAUUUCAGAGAUCGUACUAUCAUUAACAAUGUCUUUUUCUGGUUAGGUAUUUGUACUGGACCAAGUAUCAUGUGCACGUUAUAUUUGACAUUCUAA